AUGGAGAGGAAGCAAUCGGUCUUACAGAAGGACAGAAAGCUUGUGUCGUACUUCUUUGACAGCUCUAGCCGGAUAGAAACGACCCGCGGUAGCUGUCACGACAUUGACUUGGUUACUAAAAGGCACCUGUAUGUUGCAGUGGUGAAAUCUGUCUGGUCAAAGGGAAAGAUUAUGGACAAAUAUCCAAUCACCCAAUUUGAGAAUGCUGAGUACUUUUUCAUUCUUGAGCUCCGUGUCGUCGCGUCGCAGUUCAAUGCUGCCCCCACUAUGGCGAAGCUCUUUACUAGGUUGUAUUGCAUUGACCCAGGACAGUCUUCAGUGGCUUGCGACAGCUUCAUUAGACUUGAAAGUGAAAUUGGCAAAGCUUUCCUCAGCGAGGGCUCGGGCGUCUGUUGCAAUACAUCCCUCCCACAUUCCUUACUCGAGAUCAAACCUGCGAAGCCCUUCAUGAUGUCGACCCCCAUGCGCCAUGGGCUUUCCCAGCAGGGGAGAACGCCCUCGCAACUCGCAGGCGCCGCACCAACUCCCCCCGUGUCGACGCCAUUCUCUAAUUCGCAAACCCAAGCGGCCUUCUCGCCUCCUCAAGGCUCCCGUACGUCGCCACAGCAAGUUAAGAAGUCGCCUGCGACGUCAGCUACGCUCAAGGGUAUGCCGGACAGCUCGACAGCCGUCAACUUCGACAGUCCGUCCGGGACGGCAGCGUUAGGUGCACUCGGGAUCCAUGGGAUGGAUCUGAAUCUGGAUGCAAUUAGCAUGGGCGCAUUGGGACUCGGCAGGGCUGAUGAAGAUGAUCGUAAAAAAAGAAUGGAUGCCCUGGUGCACAUGUUGAAGGCUGCGGGAAAGGGCAGGGUCAGCAAUGAAGGUCUCGAGAGGCUUGCUCGGAGUAUUGGUCUCGAGUCUCUUUGGGAGGACAACCCAGCCGGCGGCCCGCUCUCCAAAACGCUCGUCCUUGCUGGGACUGGAUUGGCACUCGAGAUCGUCAUCACGAAUCACGUCGUUCAAAACGUUUCUUUAACCCUACCUGAGUCGACGAUAAGCAUCCAACACCAUACAGGAAAGGCUGCAGACAUGCUGCUAAGGGGUCUCAAGCUCGGCCCGAACCAAAGUCCCCUAACGAAGACGCUUGAGCAAUUCCAGCCGAAUCUUGAACGCCUAGCUACAUUAGAUAAGCUGAGUGUUCUCCCUGCGCUUAACUGCUGUGACGCAGUCGCGGGCAUAUACGAAAGUUUGCUGAAACUGCAUAAUUGGGAUAUGCAAAAGCUGCGCGAGGAUCCUGCCAUGCGAGGGAAGACGGAUGAAGCUCUCAAGAUCGCUGCUCUGUGUACUCAACAUGGAUACCCACAGAUGCAUGCUCGAGACCGGAUUGGAUUGAGCUUCGACUAUUGGAAAGAACGGAGAAGGAUCCCUUCUACCACCGUCGACAAAGAGGAUAUCAAGACCUGGAGCAUGCUUGUGGACUGUGCACCCAAAGAAGAUCUUGUGUACUUCCCCAUACGAGUAUCAGACAGCUGGAUCUCGGACGCUGUGGAGAAAACAAAUUUGAACAACGACGAGAUCCUUGCAGCGAAUGGACCUGUCCUAGACUGGCAAGAGCCCGGUAGCACCUUUUUGCAUAGCGAUGAAGCUAAGGUCGACACAAGCAUGCAGGCCGAUCCGUCUCUUACGCCGGGCCCAAAGCUACCCGACGUCAUCUUCAUGGCCACAUUUGACCCGCCAGUUACGGUGACUUUUCCGGUAGCUCAGCAAAUCUACAGUCUAUCCGGAGCACCUGCGCCAGAACACCCCGCUAUGGCGACGUUCGAUGCCCUGAUAUUCCCGAUUACGCCGGGAAGUAUUUACGAUCCGAGUGAGCCUCGCUCCAUAACGCGUCUACAGCCCGUAUCGACUUUCCCAGGGAAGACCGAGAAGGAUAUAAGGGUGCACAAGAACACGCUAUUUAUUUACAAGGGAGUUUACGGACAGAUGUUGACCAAAGUGCCUUUCCACCACCCCCGACAGCUAGUCGAAAUGCUACCGUCGCUACGGCAGUACGCGUUCUUAUCCACGCUACUGGCCAAGAGCUUCAAGCCGAAGCCCGGCUUUGUCGAAAUCGCCGACGAAAAGCCGAAAGCAAACUCCGAGACGACGGCAAUUGACGACUUUAAGAGUUUUGCAUCGCAGUCCACAGGCGAGUCUGGGGAGGUGCACAGAGGCGCGAAUGGUACUACCACUCAACCGCCGUCUCCUCCAGCUCUAGAGGUAGAUAUCACCCUAGCAGCACACCCCGUGCCGCGCCUACAGGUCGUCUUCCCCUUUAGAUCCCGAACAGCAAACAUCAUGCUCGAGAUCCAUCUGGGCGGCAAGGUCCAUAUUGUCUCGGAUAACGUCUUCGACUCGGGGGGCAGCGACGAGCAGGUGGGGGGGAUGGAUUCGGCAGGUGGCAGCAAGGUUAAGGGAAAAUGGUAUAGCCCAGCCCAGUGGGCGAGUAUGCUCGAACUUACGGAGGAUUUAGGCGUAUGGUGCGAGUACAUCAAGCAUAAAUUGGAAUAA